AUAAACAAUAUAUUUCUGAGAAAAAAUAUUGUACAUAUCACUUGCUUCAGGUGUAUUAAGAUACCCCAAUAAGUUUAAAUAUUAAAAUUUUUGUCAUAUUUUACACCCCUAAGCCGCCAGUGUAGUCGUCCACAUCUAACAUGGUGGAAAGAUAGAGAAAGCUUGAAGUUGUUUGGUAAAUUUUCACGAAUUUGCCCUCCUAAACAGUAACUCACAGGAAGGAAACAUGUCCAAAUCGGUCAGUAAGAACAAGGAGAAUCAAAGCAAGGCUAAGCAGAUGAAGGAUGACCUUCCCUUUGAGCUGGAACAACAAUUCAUUCUGCGGAUGCCCAAGGGUCCUUCCUUUCAGGCGCAGACGGAGGCCCUGAGGAAGGCUGUCCAGGCGGGCAGUCAGAACGUGAAGGACAGGCUGUCCAUAGAGUUCCAGGCUGACCAGAGACACGCAACGGUCAGGUUUGAUGGGGAGGCUCUGUCGGCAAAGCUUGUGGACCUGCCGUGUGUCAUCGAGUCUCAUAAAACAAUAGACAAGAAGACACUGUACAAGACAAACGACAUCUGUCAGAUGCUGGUUUGUAGCACAGAGGAUCAGGAUGCCAAGGAAGAGGAAGUGGACGACACUACACAGAAGAAAGACAAGGAUAAGAAGUUCCUCCAUAACCACGGUGUCACGCCAGCCCUGAAGAAUGUUCGCAAGAGAAGAUUCAGGAAAACGAUGAAGAAAAAGUACAUUGAAAGUCCUGAUGUGGAGAAGGAAGUCAAGCGGCUGCUGAAGGUGGACAAUGAGGCGGUUAAUGUCCGAUGGGAGGUGAUAGCAGAUGAUGAGAAUGAGAACAAGGAGCAGAAGCCGGAGGUGAACCUGGGCGGGCUGGAGAUCCCCUCCCCAUCUUCUAGUGCUGCAGUGGUGCAAGGUGGGGAGGCCAGCAUGACAUUUGACAAUGACCUCCAUGAGCUGUUCAAAGACGUGAGCAGCUCUGAUGAGGAAGAGGGGGAGGAGAUGAGACCACCUCCAAACGAAGAAGAGGAUGUGAAUAUUAUGGACUCGGAGGAUGAGGCUAGUAGGGGUGCUGCCGGUGAGGGGAAGAGCCAGUCCAGCAAAGCUGUUCCAUCCACUUCUGGCACGAAGAUGGAACGAAAACAAGACACUAGCACUUCUGAUAGAGGAAGUCUACAGACCCAGCUGCAGCAGCUGGAGUCGGACCUGGCCAGGCUGCAGGAGAAGAGAAACCUGCAGGAGGAAAUCGCCCGGGGGGUCGGCAACGAGGCGCUCAGGCAACGAUUCCAGGCGGAUGUACAUACCAUCCGGGCAGAAGAGGCCAGGAAAGAAGCAGAGAUUGCAAGGGUGAAGUCUGCCUUGGAUAGCAGUUAAAACAUCGUAUCAUGAUAUACUUUCUGAAAAGAGGCUAAAGUUUAUGACAGCAUCACCCACUCACUCAGUAUCUGGUUUAUCGUCUGCUGUUCGUGGAGAUUGUCUACAGAUCGCCUGUACAUGUAUAUAGUACCUGUAUUGUAUAUAGUAGUAAACCUAAUAAAAUUGUGACAAGGCUGUGUUCGAGUCUGAAUUGAUUUUAUUGUGCUUGUACUUGUCCUUGCACUUGGUGCUAGCUUAAAGCACAUUUGGCUCUCACCACAACACAACAUUAGCCAGUAGCACACACAUGGUCAUCUCAAAGAGACUACAUCUACCUCCUGUCUUCAACAUUCAUUGUUUCCUUCCAGCUUCAUUUCAAAAACAUUACCAGCCUUUCAUAAAUGGAGACCAAAUGUGCAGAACCUCCAUGUAUAGUUGAGGGUACCGGUACUUCAAUGUAGGCUUUCAGAUAUACAAACCACAGGUUCUGUUCCAUACAUUUAGUUUCUCUCAGAGCAUUCUAAGAUGUUUCUCGCAUCUGAUGUCA